AGAAAGAAAUUAUUAUGUUACUUGACUUUCAUCGGCGGGAUUAUUUGCUUCUGUUCAUUAGACUACUUUCUGUUUGUUAUUUGUUAAUGUGUAACUGCUUUCAAUUUUAUUGUAUAAACUAUAUACGGUUUAAAAUCCAUUUGGUUGACGGAGGAUUGUAGUUGGUGCGACAGAUCAUGAUAGGAAAGUAUCCCCUGCAAUUUGUAAAUUUGAAUUGGCUUAAGUUAUAUAUAUAAAUUAUCUUUCUCAAAACAUUGUCAAAGGACAUUUUAUCUGUCUGAGUUUGAUUGUUUUUUUCUGCAAAUAUAGUUUAUUUGUUCGCGAGCAAUCAUGUCUGGAAAUUUUAAUGUCUUUGUUUGGAAGGAACCAGACUUGAGCCUGAAAGAAAAAGUUCUCACAUUUAUCAAAAGUCAAGAGCCUUUGGAUAGAAAAGUUAUUAUUUUGCACGGUGAUGUGGCUGAUGAUAUUGAAGAUAGCAUUCCUUUAAUAUUCUACAUCUAUAUCAAGUGUCUGCAAUUCAAAAUUAUAGAGAAUGAAAAACUAAUGUAUUUGAAUCCUAAAGAUUUGUGUCAAGCUGCAGAGUUAUGUUUGGAAAGAUUAAAGAUUCAAGAGAAUGAAGACAAAGGCGAAAGUUUAGUUCAUUGUCAUGAAUCAUACAGGAGAGAAUUACUUGAAACAAAUGAGGCUUCAUCACCAGCUGCUCAGUCCUUAAAAGGAUUUAUCACUGAAAACAAUUGUAUUGAUAUUUGGAAAAUGCUGAGCAGCUUUCAAAAGUACAAAAGUAUCAACAACCAAUUCAGUCAACAUAUAUCAGAGGUUAAGUUUCUUAUUUUGGGAGCAAUUGAUUCAUUUAUUUUUAAAGAAAUCAUCAGCUUUCUAAAUUGUGAGACUAUCCUCUCUAUUGUAAUUGAAACACCUUUGAAUAUCAGUGUGCAUGAAAGCCCUUCUGCACAAUCAUCUUCUACAAUCACCACAGAAUUAAUGAACGUGAAUGAGUAUUGCUCUAAUGUUGAGAAACCCAUGCAUUUGAAAUCUGCCACUCAAGAAUACUGUAAAGAGAUUAUAACGGCCUUUCUCAGCCUCCUGAUUAAUAGCCGGAAUGAACUAGCUUUGUCUAAAGUCAUGAUUUCUCCAUUCAUUAAUUUAAGUCACGAAGCUUUCACUCAUUUAAAGCAUCUCGCUAUUCAAAAAGAAAUGCCCAUGUGUCAGACUGCCAUAUCAUACGUGACAAAAGUCCGACUUGGCGGUAAAGGAUAUGCUCCUCCCAAAGAUUGUCCAAUGAUGCCACACAUAAAAUGUUUGGAGUUAUUUGUUGAUACCCUCAAUCAUUUGCAAACUAUCAUGGAAGAAGAUGUCUCACCAAAGUCUUCAAUCAAGAGGCUCAUCAAUACAUUGAAGAACAAACUAUUGAAAUGCGACGAUAGUAAAUUUAAACAAAGUGCUAUUGAAAAGACCACUAAUCAGUUACAUUUAUUAACCGAUCGAGUUUUAGAGUUUGCAAAGUCUCAACAAUGCUUGAGUCAUUCUCCCCAAAUUUGUCAAGAAACAUUAGACAUCCUGCAUUACCUUAUCAACUACGUCAAUUGCAAGUUUUCAACUUUUAACCCUAAAAAGAUAUUGUUAGAGAGACAUUGCAAGCAAACUCCAAUAAACCGUCCUCCUCUCUUGGGUUACUUCCGAUCACCAGAGGAUGAAACCACUUGUGAGGAAAAUUCAGUUACUAUUAAUGAGGAUAGUAUUGUUUCUAAUAGUUCCUCUCUUGGAUAUCCUCAACCUUUUAUGUCGUACUUUCAUAAUUCCGACAAUAGCUGUUCUACUGCAUCUGUUGCACCUGCUUGCACAACACCUACCAAAACGAAUUUUAAAGAUUGCAUCAAAAAGAAAGAGUCUAUUAAAGAAGUCUUUGAAGAUGAAAGCCAUCCUGCUGUUAAUGGCAAACGAUCUAUUUUAAGUGAUAUAGCAAACAUAAAUGUUGCACCUGUUAAGAAGAUAAAAACUGCUGCCGAGACGACGAAACUCAUCAAAGUGAAAGUGAACAGCAAAAAAGUCUCGAGAAAAGUUGUGAAAAAAACUAGCCUUUCUAAACAAUUUAAAUUAAUUGCAGAUCAGGGGAAAAUAACCAGCUAUUUUUCCGUCGUAUAAUUUGUUUGAUGUGUUUUAAAUGGUUGUAUAUCUGGGAAGGCUUUACGUAACAUUUGAACAAAAAGUUUAUACCACCAGAUAAAAGAAACUUUGAUAUAGUCAGCCUGAAAAAAAUCAGAAAUUCUCUUUCUGAGUUUUUGAGGUCUCCCUAAAUAUUCAAUUGUGUCACAUAAAUAGUUAAUUUAAUGCUAUUUUUUUUAAAUCAUUUUUUUUAAUAAAGUUAUUAUAUUGCAUUUAUGUUAUUUCAUUACUUAUUAUAAAUGUUUGUAGCAGUAUGUGUGUGGUGAAUUAUUAAAAAUAUGUAUGUGAUUUUCUUUAAUUUUUGGUCAGCAAGAACAUUUUUAUUGUAUAUAACAAUAAACGAAGCUUUGUAUAAAAGAAGUAUAUAACAAUAAGAGAAGUUUUGAUAUAGUCAGCCUGAAAAAAAUCAGAAAUUCUCUUUCUGAGUUUUUGUGGUCUCCCAAAAUAUUCAGUUGUGUCACAUAAAUAAUUAAUUUAAUGCUAUUUUUUUAAAUCAUUUUUUUUUCAUAAAAUAAUUAUAUUAUUUUGCAUCUAUGUUAUUUCAUUACUUAUUAUAAAUGUUUGUAACUGUAUGUGUGUGGUGAAUUAUUAAAUAUAUGUAUGUGAUUUUCUUUAUUUUUUGUUCAGCAAGAACAUUUUUAUUGUAUAUAACAAUCACUAAAACAUAGUAGCUAAGUUCUGAUUCUUGAUUAAAGAAUUCCCUCAUUUUCUGAA